AUGUUCAGGAUUCCGAUUACGGCAGAUCGCGAAUUUUACUUGGUACCAUUGUUCUUUUCUUAUUCUUUGCUGCGGUCUUUGCGUUUUGUGAGCGGAGUUGCCUCGGCUAUUUUGCUGGUAAACUAUUGGCAUUUAUUGCAAUGUUCCAUAGAAAACGUUACUCGUCAUUAUCGUGACCAUUAUUUGGCGGCAUUGUUUCGACGAGAUGUCGAAUUUAUUGAAAAAUUCAGUCCUGGACGCUUAGGACAACGAUUCAGCGAAGAAUCAUCACGAAUUGUGGAAGGCUUAGGUCCUGGCUUAGGAGUUUUGGUGCGGUCCCUAUCGAUACUUUUUUGCGGUAUUAUCAUCGGUCUUACUCGAGAUUGGUUGUUAACCCUUCUGACAUUGAUUGUGUCUCCUCUAAUCGGUUAUUUUAGCUACAAAUUCAAUAGCGUAUAUGUCGAAUACGCCGAAGUUAUGGCACGAGAACAUCAAAACGCCGAUUCUCUUGCCGAAGAGACUUUCCGCGAUAUCAAAACGGUUGCGAGUCUUGGAGCCGAGGAAAAGUUCAUCACUCGCUAUCUCAAAGUGAUCAAUACCUGCUGCAAAGAUGCUCUGCGUUGCGUCUUCCACUCCGUGCACUCCUUCGCAGCAAUGAACUUCUCAACGCAACUGGCGAACGCUCUUGUGUUUCUCUCUGCAGGAAGCAACUCUUGUCUCGUGGGAGGCGAAGUUGUGGUUGUGAUCAUGGCGAUUCUGCAGUCAUUUCCUGGAAUCGGUGGGUCUUUUUCCUCGCUGAUCAAUCUCGCCAAAUCGAGAAUGUCCGCAGCGUAUUUCCUCGAAGUCAUCGAGCAUGAAGACGUUAUGGAUUCGAGCGGAUUCAUGGGGAAAACGCCUGAAAGCAAUCGAGGCGAUAUCGUAUUCAAGAACGUGGACUUCAAGUACGCUUCACGUGACACGCAAGUGCUGAAGCAGCUCAACUUCACCAUUCACGAGAACGAAAUGAUCGGAAUCGUGGGCGAGAGUGGCAGCGGAAAGAGCACAAUCUUGAAACUCUUGAUGCGAUUGUACGCUCCGACGGCGGGAACGAUCACGUGGGACGGAGUCGAUGUGACGACGCUCUCGACGGCGUGGAUUCGCGAUCAGAUCAGCUAUGUGGCGCAGGAGCCCGUGCUGUUCAGCGGAACGAUUCGCGAGAAUCUGCUCUAUGGACGCGAGGGCUGCACCGAGGAGGAAAUGGUGGAAGCCGCGAAGCUGGUGGAGGCCGACGCGUUCAUUCGAUCGUUCCCCAAAGGGUACGACACCUAUGUGGGCGAGUUGGGAAGCUCGCUGUCCGGAGGACAGAAGCAGCGUAUUGCUAUCGCCCGCGCGCUGAUUCGAAACCCGCGAAUUCUGGUGCUGGACGAAGCGACGAGCGCGCUGGAUUCGCAGAGCGAGAAAAUCGUGCAGAACGCGAUGGAAACGAUCCGGAGAAAGAACGAAGCGAAGGGAAAGGGACUGAGCAUCGUGAUCGUGGCGCAUCGGCUGAGCAGCAUUCGAUCGUGUGAUCGCAUUGUGGUGGUGGAGGAAGGAAAGAUCGUGGAGGAAGGCGAUCAUGAAAGCUUGCUAGCGAAGGGCGGAAUCUAUGCGGGAUUGUACAAAAGCCAAGAGGAAGAAGAAAAGGAAAAGGAAGAAGAGGAAAAGGAAAAGGAAAUGAAUGGAAUAGCAGGAAAUGAAAUGGAGAUUCGCAUUGAAAAGGAGCGAACUGCUUCGAUUCAUAGUAAGAAGGAGGAUUUGGAGUAUAAAAAGGUGAACAUGCUUCAGCUUUUGCAGUUGAUCCCCCAAUACAAAUGGCUCUUCUGGACAAGUUUCAUAGGAAACAUCGUUCGAGCGAUUUACCCAACGAUCUACGCUUACUGUACAGCGAUUCUCCAGGAAUUGCUUUUCACUUCCGAUUUGAAUUUGCUCUGGGAUAAGGGAAUGAUCUGCGUGUAUAUUCUUCUCGGAUUCGGCGUCAUCAACUUCCUCGCUACCAUUUAUUACUGGGAUGCAGGCGGCAUUGUCGGCGAGCAUUUAAUCGCCAGUGUCCGCGAACACUCCUAUAAAAAAUACAUCACAAUGCCCUUAGCGUUCUUCGACGAUCCCAAUCAUCUUCCCUCCAUUCUCACAUCGAGACUGAGCAUCGAUGGACGACGCGUUCGCGAUUUGGUGGAUCGAAUGGGACCGAUCUUCGAGAACUAUUUGCUCGUGAUUAUAUCGCUGGUUGUCUGCUUCACGCCAGUGGGAAACUGGAAGUUAACGCUGGUUGCCGUGUGCAUGUCGCCGUUUUUGCUGACGGUGGAGUACAUGCAGUGGAUGAUCAUGGCGAAAGUGUCCGAUCAGAUUGAUAAGGAACUCACAGAACGAUCGGGAGAGCUGACGGAUUGCGUUCUGAACAUCCACACGGUCCAUGCCUAUAAUCUCCAAAACACUCUCAGUCAUCAACUCAUGAAGAAACUUGAGCCCACCAACAAAAAAACAACCGAGCGAUAUAUUCGCGGAGCCAUCGGACAGGGUCUUUCGCUCCUUAUGCCCUGUGCUUACGACGUCGUUGUUCUUUUAGUCGCCUUCUCCAUGCUGCAGAAGGGAGAAAUUGACUUCGCUCACAUGAUGUUUGUGUACAUGGCAAUCAACACUUGUGCAGCCACUGUCGGAUUUAACAUGGCAUACACGGCCUCCAACGACCUCGCCAAACGAUCAGCCUACAAUCUCCUCUCUGUGAUUAACAUGGAGAACGAAAACGAUGCAGCGCGCGCGAUUUCUACGAAGGCGAAGGACGGAACAAUUACUUUCAGUCAUGUGUCGUUCGCGUAUCCCACGCGGCCAGACGCUCCGGUUCUUUCGAACAUCUCUUUCUCAAUUCCCAAGGGAUCUUCUGUGGCUUUCGUGGGUCCCAGUGGGUGUGGAAAGAGUACGAUCAUUUCGCUGAUCCAGCGAAUGUACAAACCGGAGAGUGGCGAAGUGUUGAUGGACGGAGUCAAUGUGCAGAACGUCAAUUUGGACUCGUAUCGCUCGCUGCUGGGCGCGGUGAACCAAGAGCCGUGCAUGUUCAGCGGCACGAUUCGCGAGAAUUUGGUAAUGGGAGUGGAUCGUGAAGUGUCCGAAGCGGAGCUGAUGGACGCUUGCACGCAAGCGUUGUGCAUGGAUUUCAUCAAUGAAAUGGUGGAUGGAUUCGAAACGGAUCUCGGAGCGACCGGAAAGUCGGUUUCGGGAGGACAGAAACAGCGAUUGGCGUUGGCUCGCGCGAUUCUUCGAAAGCCGCACGUACUGCUGCUGGACGAAGCGACGAGCGCGCUGGACAGCGAAAACCAGGACAAGUUCUUGGAGGCAUUGGAGAAGUGGCGAUCGACGCAUCCCUGCACGGUGAUCACAGUGGCCCACCGACUGAGCACGAUCGUGGACAGCGAUGUCAUCUUUGUGGUGAGCGAAGGGAAGAUCGUGGACAGCGGAAAGCACGCGGAACUGCUGAAGAAGUGCGAGUUCUACGCAGCACUGGUCAAGGGACAGAUGGAAAGUGCCUAA